ACUAGAAUAUUAAAAAAUUUCUAUUUGUUUGUAUAUGCGAAUUGAUUUUAUAUAGGAAUAUUUUUUUAUAAAAUGACAUUAUCAAAAGUGACCAGCUGAUUUCGAAAUUUUAGCAGACGGAUAGUUAUGGAUUUUAUAGUCACCAAUAUUGAUGAGAAGGGUGAUGAUUCUGGAAAAACAUCAUCAUUAUUAGGAAUAUUAGCUGAUAUUGCGACAGAACGACUUGAGAAUGAAAAUGGCAAAAAGAUUAAUAUUACACAAUUAAUUCAAGACAAAAUAGUUAGAACAAAUGAUAAAAGUGUAAAUUUACAAGAUUAUGAAGAUUUAGAAAAUAAACUUAAAAAUCAUUUGCUACAACAUUUAUUUGGGAUAGAAGCAAAUAAAUUAACAAUAGCAAAAAAAAUGUUACAAGUUUUAUCUAGUGACAUGUCACCCUCAAACUCUAAUGAACAGGCUCAAAGUAAUUAUGAAUAUGAGAAAUUAUAUCUCAAAGAGGUCAAUACAGAGAACCAAUUAUGUCAAACAAAUAUAAAUAGCAAUCUUGAUAAUAUAGUUAUACCUAAACUUACAGAUCACCCUUUUGAUGAAAACAACAAAAUUGGAACUUCCCCUAUUAUAACACCUAAUACAAGUCCUUUAAAAAAUUCACAAUUUUUUAUCGAACCAUUUUCCUCACUUACCAGUUCAUCAACCCUGAAUAUUAAGGAGUGUGAAAAAAGCUUAAAUUUGGGUGCUCAUUGCUUAGAUGUUAUACCAAAUAUAUAUGAUAGAUUUAGUCCUUCAGGUAACACUUAUAUAUCUGCCAGUACCUCCAAGAAUAUUUUGAGUAUUAACACAUCUAACUAUAUGACACUUGAUUUAACCCAAAAUUGUCAGAAUACAUUGAAAUCUACUCAAUCACAAAAGCAAUGUUUAAUCAACAAAAAUGACUUUUGUUGGGUGGACAGGCCCUCUAAUGUUGAAGGCAAAUUUUCUUCCAAAAAUUCAUUUAUACAUAUUGACCCUGGUAGAAAACCUAGAUUGAAUAUGGGUUUUAAGUCACCAAUUCAUCAAUAUUUAGAUCUGAAAACAUCUGAAAAUUGUGACAUUAGUCAUUCGGCACAACUUAAUGUUGGGAAAAUAGUUCCACAUUUUGAUGGGGAAAACUCAAGUGAUUUGCAUCAAAACAUGAUGGCAGGCUUUGAAAGUCAAAAAAUUAAUAAAGAUAGUUUGAAACUAAAGCCACAUGAGAAAGGGCCUAUAAUCAAAUAUUCUCCCUUAAAAAAUGUUCAAAUUGACAAGUCAUUAACUUAUUUUUCUGCCAAUACUAACUUCCGAGAUAAGGGAGCAACUCAUGAUCAUAAUUAUCAUUAUUCUGAUAUAUGUUCUAACAAGAACUUUAACAUUAAUAAAAGUAAUGAUAAUUUGAGUAGUGAAAAGUUUGUUCCCUCUCCCAAAUCUAAUCUCAAUAUGGUAGAAAACAAUUUAUCAAAUAUUCAAAAUGAAGAUGAGUCUAUGACAAAUCUUGAUCCUGUUACAAAUAUUCCUAAUGGGAUUGCACUUUGCCCGAAAUGCCCCAUCUUUUCGACAUUUAGAGGCUUAUAUCUCAGCCGCUGUUUGGAAUUGAGGAGGGGAGGGGACAUCUCUCAAUCAGCCUCUAAAAAUCGCGUAUCUCUUUGGUUGAAAGAUUGUAUUAAUCAAGACACCGACUCCAUCAAAUGCUUUACGAAUACUAAUCUUACUAAUCAUAAAGCGAAUUCUACUGAAAGGGACAUAGCUCUCAAAUGUAUAAAUAAGAUUAAAAGUUCUUCCACCUCCUCUAAGCGUCGAAAUGCUGAAAACGGCUACUUACCUUCUGACCAGCCGGAGACUUCGAAAAAUGCCGAUUUACAAACUGAUAUAAGUUUACUUCAAAAUCAUGAAACUCCUAAAAAAGAUGACGUUGUAGUUGGAAAUAAUAAAAAUAACAAAAAGAAAAAGAUUUGGGUUUGUAGCCUUUGUCCUCACAAGGUUUACACCGCGUCUGCUAGUUUACUAUCACAUUAUAGAAGUCACGCAGGUAUAAAACCAUAUGAAUGCAAGCAAUGCGGAAGUAGAUUUACACGCAGGCACAGCUUAGAUUACCAUGCUUUGAUUCAUAAAAACGCUUGCGUGUUCUCGUGUCCAACAUGCCAUAGAGGCUUUCGGCACCCAUCCCACUUUAAAGAACAUCUGAGAAAACAUACCGGUGAAACUCCUUUCACUUGUGCGCAAUGUGGUAUGUCCUUUAAAACGCGAAAUACAUUUAAAAGACAUCUCAAGGCUAGACAUUAUUUACUUCUUUCAGCUCAAGGAAUACGCAAUAUGACCCCACAAGAAAUUCUAGAUAUGGAAAAUAAAACGCUUAAAUAAUAGAAUCCUUUUUUUGUUUCUAAUUUUGACCAGUAAACAUUAUUCACUAUUUAGAAUAUUAAAUAAUAUAAAUAGGAUGACGAUAUUUAUUAUUUAGUUAAUAAUUUCAAAUGCCAACAUAUCUAAUAAUCUAGUUUUUAUGAAAUUGUUUAUAUGUUCAGACUAUUAGAUUCUUAAUUUAAUUGUAAACCUUUUUCGAUUUAUUUGCAAUAUAAUACUGUAUAAACCCGGCUGAAUUUUUUUAUCAACUACAACACUCCUUUUAUAAAAAUGAAAUCAAACAUCUUUCUAUUUUAUACUACUAAUAGACCAGUUUGCCAUUAAAUUUUCUCUCAUUGUAAUUUUCGAUUUUUAUUCUUCUUCCUUUACUCAAACGUAUUUGAUAUUGUUAUUAUACUAUAUAAAUUAUUAAAUAUUUUUUAUAUAUCUCGAGUAAUUAUUAAAAUUAUUUAAAAUGUGUAAAAAAAUGAUAUUUUUUUAUGUUCAUUGAAAC